GGUACAUGGCAGUUUACAUUCGUAACAUUCAGCUAUAUAUUGGGUGCUGUCGGUGCCCUUAAUAACAUGGGUUACGGUUUUCACGCCUAUGGCAACGACUAUUGGUGUAGUGAUGUCCCGGCUGACUAUCCGUUUAAUUUAGUAUGCGACCGAGCUAACUACGGCACGUACUCGCAAACGGCGUUUAUGUUGGGGUAUGUCGUGUCGGGACUGGUAUUCUCGCACUACUCCGAUAAGUACGGUCGACGGCCUACCGUAUGGGCGGCAUUUGGCGUGGAGAUACUGGGCAUUAUAAUAUGCAUACUGUCCCCUAAUAUAUUCCUGUACUCAUUUGCACGAUUUCUGGUGGCAUCCGGUGGCACCGGGAGGGGUAAUGCCAUUUAUGUAACAUGUGGCAUUGGAUGGGUAGUUGGUUACGCUAUCGUGCCGGGCCUGGCGUAUUGGCUCCAGGACUACCGAUACAUGCAAUUAGUAUCAGUCGUCGUAUUGGUAUUAAUGGUGUUUUGGUAUUACUAUAUGUUUGAGAGCCCGCGUUGGCUCAUAACCAACGGAUACGUCGAUCGCGCGGAACAUACGCUCCGGAAAGCCCUUAAAAUGAACGGAAAGUCCGACAAAAAUCUUAAGCAACAGUUGACUGAGUUGUCCGACCAUUUGAAAGAGAUUCAAGCAAAAGAAAAACCGCUGAAAGAUAUCACAGUAUUAGACGUUAUAAAAACGCCUAAACUUCGCAAAGUGUCCUUGAUCAUAUGGUACUCGCUCACUGUAAUCGCGUUACUAUACUACGGACUAAGUUUUAACAUGGCCGAUUUUGGUGGUAACUUCUACAUAACCUUUCUACUAUCUGGCCUGGCUGAACUGCCCGCCCAACUACUGACAGCCCUAUUCAUGCGAUUCAUUGGACGCCGCAAACUAUUUGCCAUAUUUAUGGUAAUCACAGGAUUGUCUAGUUUAGCGGUAAUACCAUCCCGUAGUGAAUGGCUAAAAGUGACCUGGGCACUUGUUAGUAAGUUUGGUGUGGGCAGUGCCUGGAAUGUCAUGGCUAUUAUGGGACCCGAGCUCUACCCUACGGUACUCCGACAGAGGGGAAUGGGAGCCGCGUUUGUUAUAGCAAGGGUUGGCGCUAUAUUUGGACCCUUUAUGAAGAACCUGACAGCGACCUAUGGCCUGGCAUUUGUGAUGGUAAUGUAUGGCACCCUGGCAUUUAUAUCGGCUAUAUUGGCGUUAUUUAUGCCCGAAACCAAGGGUAAAGAAAUACCCGAUACUAUUGAAGAGGCUGAGCAUGUAUCGGGUAUUUCUUUACCCUUGGUUUCGGGCAUAAAUAACGCCAAUAUAGCCGAUAUAAAUGCCAGGGUGCCAUACAUUACCAUCACAAAUGCCAGGCCAUAG